AGCAGAACCAUCCCACCAGUCGAUCUCUCACUUCCAGCCACCCGCCGGAACACCCUCAACCCGCCGGACAAUCGCAAUCGGAUCGCAUUCUUCUUCUCUCCUACACACCGAAGCCAUGGCCGCGACAAAACACUCCCUCGCCGAGAGCGAGGAGCGCCCCGCCAAAAAGACAAAGGUCCAGGACCCCGAAGCCGCCGCCGAAAAGGCCCGCCUGAAGAAGGAGAAGAAGGAGCGCAAGGAGAAGAAGAAGGAGAAGAAGCGCCAGCUGGCAGAGGUCAACACCUGGGAUACCGACGAGGAGGCCCACGCCGAGCCCGAGAAGCCCAAGUCCAAGAAGGACAAGAAGAAGGACAAGAAGGAGAAGAAGGCCAAGGCCGAGUCUGGCGAUGCUCCGAAUGGGAAUGAGGCCGACCAUGUCUCCUCUGGCGGCGGCGCCUAUGUCCAGACCAUGGCCCUGUCCAACGUCGCCCAGGCCGACAUCGACGAGUUCCUGACCAAGAACGAAAUCACAAUCACCGACCCCAAGACCGACAAGCCGUCGCUGCGCCCGAUCCUCGAGUUCCACCAGCUGCCCGCCACCAACCUCCUCGAGAAGAAGCCCUCGCCGUUUGCCAACUACAAGACGCCCACGCCCAUCCAGUCGGCUUCCUGGCCUUUUACUCUGUCCGCCCGCGACGCCAUCGGAGUCGCCGAGACGGGCUCCGGCAAGACCAUGGCCUUUGCCCUGCCCUGCGUCGAGGCCGUCAUGGCCAUCGGCAAGAAGGGCACCAAGGCCGUCAUCGUGUCGCCGACGCGCGAGCUGGCCAUGCAGACGCACGAGCAGCUGGUCAAGGUGGCGCAGCUGGUCGGCCUCAAGGCCGUGUGCCUGUACGGCGGCGCCUCCAAGGACGACCAGCGCGCGCUGCUGCGCAAGGGCGCCGACAUCAUCGUGGCCACGCCCGGCCGCCUCAAGGACUUCAUGUCGGACGGCACCGUCGACCUGAGCGGCGCCAAGUUUGCCGUGCUGGACGAGGCCGACCGCAUGCUGGACAAGGGCUUCGAGGACGACAUCAAGAUGAUCCUGGGCGCCUGCCCGGCGCGCGAGCAGCGCCAGACGCUCAUGUUCACCGCCACCUGGCCCGCGUCGGUCCAGGCCCUGGCCUCGUCCUUCAUGGUCAGCCCCGUCAAGAUCACCAUUGGCUCCGGCGGCAAGGAGACGGUCGACGGCUCUGUCGAGCUACAGGCCAACACGCGCAUCACCCAGCGCGUCGAGGUCGUCGACGGCCGCGACAAGGAGUUCCGUCUGCUACAGAUCCUCAAGGAGCACACCCAGGGCAAGCAAAAGGACGACCGUAUCCUGGUCUUCUGUCUCUACAAGAAGGAGGCCACUCGCGUCGAGGGCUUCUUGGCGCGCAAGGGCAUCCGUGUCGCCGGUAUCCACGGUGAUUUGCGACAGGAGCAGCGAACGAGGAGUCUGGAGGCUUUCAAGUCUGGUGCGACGCCGGUUCUGGUCGCUACCGAUGUUGCUGCCCGAGGUCUCGAUAUCCCCGAAGUCAAGUUGGUUAUUAACGUAACAGUAUGUGUCCUUUUGUCUAUCCUUUUUCCAUUCCUUUUCCCCUGCCGUUUCAGCUCUAACACUUCCCAGUUCCCCUUGACCAUCGAAGACUACGUCCACCGUAUCGGCCGAACUGGCCGUGCUGGUAAGACUGGUGAGGCCAUCACCAUGUUCACUGUCCAAGACAAGGCCCACUCUGGCUCGUAAGUAUCGCGCCUCGAACUCAAAGACAAAUCACUUACAAAUGCAGCCUCAUCAACAUUCUCCGAGGUGCCAACCAAGAGGUCCCCGAAGAUCUACUCAAGUUCGGAUCCACCGUCAAGAAGAAGACGCACGACAUGUACGGUGCCUUCUUCAAGGAUGUCGACAUGAACGCCAAGUCUACCAAAAUUACGUUUGAUUAGAGCGCUUGCAGCGAUGUGCAUCAUUUCUGGGCCGUUUUGCGCCCUCGCACGUAUUGGAGGCACUCGAGGAUAAAAUGGCGCUCGAAGAAUAGGAUAAGAAGCAACACAGGAAUUGUCGUUGCGGCAACUUUGAUGAGAGAUUUGAUCGG